GUGAGAAAAACGAAGUCUUUGUAUGGAAGUCUCCGGAAAAACUUGAAGCGUGAGAGGCGGCAGCAAGAAAGAAACCAUCGUGCCUUUGUUCCUACGUAGCUCCGAGUGGUCACCGUAUUCCUUCUCAAUUCAGGAGUCUCUCUUUCUCCCGCUUUGGGAGUAGGUGAGUUCCAUGAGUGAGAAAGAUGGCGGUGUCUGAGGAAGAAUUGGGGGCUGAGCCGAAGCCCACGAAUAGCGUCCACUACUUAGCUAAGACCGUCCUCAAAGGCAGCGCCAUCCUUCACGCUGCCCACGGCCGCAUUCGCUCCCCAACCACCUUCGACAUUGUUCUCGGCAAGGAAACAUCUAUAGAGUUGGUAGAAAUUGGUCAAGAUGGAAUUUUGCAGUCUGUUUGUGAACAAACAGUAUUUGGAAUAAUAAAAGAUCUCUCUGUUCUACGCUGGAAUGACAAAUGCCGUGCGUUUGUAUCGCAGACACAUGGAAAGGAUCUCUUGGUAGUGCUUUCAGAUUCUGGAAAGCUUACUUUCUUGACGUUCAGCAUCAAAAUGCACAGAUUUUUCCCGGUAGCACACAUCCAUCUGUCACAACCAGGAAACUCAAGGUAUCAAUUAGGAAGAAUGCUGGCAGUUGACCCAAACGGCUGUUUUGUAGCUGUUGCUGCGUAUGAGAACCAACUUGCUGUUCUUCCUGUUUCAGCAUCAGCUGGAAACAAUAUUGUUGACAAGAAAAUUCUAUAUCCUGCACCACUUGGAGGUGGCCCUAGCUCAACAAGGGAUUCUCAAGAUUCUAUCUCAGGCACAAUAUGGAGCUUUUGUUUUGCUUCUAGAGAUUUCACUCGGUCUGCAAAUGAAGCUUGUGAUCCUAUUCUAGCAGUCAUUAUUCAUAGAAAGAAGAAGAUCUUGAAUGAGCUGCUUCUUUUGGAAUUCAGUAGUAGAGAUAGCUCCAUUCAUGUCAUGUCUCACUAUAAGGAUGGGUCUCCUCUUUUCUUAGCUGUAGAUGAAGUUCCUCACUUACCUGGAAUUUUGUUGCUGUUUAAGAUUGGUGAAGUUCUUUUACUGGAUAUUAGGGAUCCAUAUCAUGCAAACUGUGUUUACAGAGCAAAUCUAUGUGUACCUAUUUCAAGUGAAACCAAGGAUGUUUCAAAUGAAUGCUGUAGAACUCUAGAAGUUGACGAUGAAGGAAUCUUUAGUGUUGCUGCAUGUGCUUUGCUUGAAUUAAGUGACUCUGGAAUGGACAUAUCAAAGGAAGACGAUCCUAUGAGCAUUGAUGGUGAAAGCAGUAAAUUCAUUUCAAAUUCGAGUUUCAUAUGCACAUGGGAUUGGGAUCCCGAGAAAUCAGCAAAUUCAAAAAUGAUCUUUUGUACAGAUGCUGGUGAAUUAUAUAUGUUGAGUGUUUCUUGUGAUGUCCAGGGCUAUUUCAAGGUUGCCAUCACUUCUUGUCUUUAUGAUGGCUUGCAUUGCAAGAAACUUCUCUGGGUCAAGGGUGGUUUUAUUGCAUCAUUUGUAGAAAUGGGGGAUGGUUUGAUUCUCAAGCUAGAUGAGGGAAGAUUAUUUUAUCAGAGCUCAAUCCAGAAUAUCUGUCCAAUCCUAGAUGUGUCAGUUGUGGAUUACCAUAAUGAAGAACAAUAUCAAAUAUUUGCUGCUUGUGGUGUGGGCUCCGAGGGGUCUCUGAGAAUAAUCCGAAGUGGUAUCAACAUAGAAAAGCUUCUCAGGACUGCCCCUAUUUAUGAAGGAGUGACUGGUAUAUGGUCACUGCGCAUGAAAAAGGGUGACGCAUUUCAUGCUUUCCUAGUGAUUUCCUUUGUUGAGGAAACAAGAGUGCUAUCUGUUGGUGUAAGUUUCUGUGAUGUGACUGACUCUGUUGGAUUUUUCCCUGAUUCAUGCACUGUGGCUUGUGGCCUUGUGGAAGAUAGGGUUUUGGUUCAGAUUUGUAGGCAUGAAGUGAGAAUUUGUGUGCCAACCGUUACAGCUCACUCAGAAGGUAUUCCAUCUUCCUACCCAAUUUGUAAAUCAUGGAAACCAGAGGAUCUCACAAUAAACUUAGGAGCUGUUGGAAACAAUCUGAUAGUUGUUGCUACUUCUAAUCCAUGCAUUCUGUUUAUUCUUGGUACAAGAUUGCUGUCUUUUUGUAAUUAUGAGAUAUUUGAAAUUCAAAAAAUUAAAUUGCAAGCUGAAGUGUCCUGCAUAUCAAUACCACAGGAGGAUUGCAGUGCACAAGAGACAUUACAGAGUACCAUAACAUUUGCAGGAGGUAGUCCUCAGGCCUUUUUGCCAAAUGGGAUUGAGAUUUGUAAAACUUUUGUUAUAGGCACUCACAAGCCUUCAGUUGAGCUUCUUUCUCUAGUACCAAGGGAGGGCUUCAAGGUCCUGGCUGUAGGGAAAAUUUCAUUAACCAAUGCUAUGGGAACAGCUAUCAGUUGGUGCAUUCCACAAGAUGUGAGGAUUGUAAUCCUAGACCAAUUUUACAUCGUCUCAGGCUUGAGAAAUGGAAUGCUGCUAUGGUUUCAGUGGCCUGCAAUUUCUUCAUCCUCCUCGUCAGACUAUGUAAGUCCCAAUUGGACUGCAACUGAUCUGCCAAGCAUGGUGUUACCAUUGGUGACUGAAAACAUGCAACAGUAUGUGACAGUUAAUGUGAAUGAGGCGUCUGAAGGUUCAUCACCAGUUCAGUUACAAUUAGUUGCUGCUCGUCGUAUUGGUGUGACGCCUGUUUUUUUGGCUCCUCUAAGUGAAUCCCUUUAUGCCGACAUAAUUGCACUAUGUGAUAGGCCUUGGUUGCUGCAAACUGCAAGGCAGAGCCAACGAAUUGCUUAUACUUCAAUAUCAUUUCAAUCUGCCAGCCAUGUCACGCCAAUAUGUUCUGCUGAUUGUCCUAAGGGCAUUUUGUUUGUGGCAGAGAACUGCCUCCAUCUGGUUGAAUUGGUGCACAUGAAGAGGUUGAAUGUGCAGAAAUUUGACCUUGGGGGCACACCAAGAAGAAUCUUAUUUCAUAGUGAAAGCAGAACAUUGCUAGUAAUGAGGACGGAGUCUAGCAAUGAUUUCAUAUCCAUGUCAUCAGAUAUUUGCCGUGUGGAUCCUGUUAGUGGUUUUAUGAAUUCGUGUUUUAAAUUUGAUCCAGGUGAAACACCAAAAUGUAUGCAGCUUACUAGGGUUGGAAAUGAGCAGCUGUUAGUUGUUGGAACCAGCCUUUCCACUGGUCGAAUUAUUAUGGCGAGUGGAGAAGCGGAAAGCACAAAGGGACGUGUUCAUGUGUUUUGUCUAGAAUCUACACAAAAUUCAGAUAGUGGUUCAUUAGCAUUGGGUUCAAAGUCAGGUUCAUCAGCUCAAUUAAGUUCUCCUUUCCGGGAAAUUGUGGGAUCCACAGAAGAGUUAUCAAAUAGUAGUUUGUGUAGCAGCCCUGAUGAUAACAAUCUAGAAGGAAUGAAGGUUGAAGAAAUUGAAGCACUACACCUGAGGCCAAUCCAUUCAUUUAAAUUGUCUGGAGCUGUUCUUGCUGUAUGUCCAUACCUUGAACGAUAUCUCCUGUUAUCUGCCAGUAACAUUCUCUAUGUAUAUGGGUUUGUGAAUGAUAACCCUCAACGCUUGAAAAAGUUGGCAUCAACCAGGACGCGCUUUACAAUCACUUGCCUAACUGCUCAUCAUAAUAGAAUUGCAGUUGGAGAUUGUCGUGAUGGAAUCCUCUUUUAUUCCUACCUAGAAGAUCAGAAUAAGUUAGAGCAACUUCAUUGUGAUCCCUGUCAGAGGCUGGUUGCUGAUUGUGCUCUUGUGAAUUUGGAGACUGCUUUUGUGUCAGACCGCCGAGGAAGUGUUGCUGUCUUGUCUUCUUUUAGUCAUCUAGAAGAUAAUGCAAGCCCAGAGCGCAAUUUAACACUUUGUUGUUCUUAUUUCAUGGGAGAAACGGUGAUGAGCGUGAGAAAGGGAUCAUUUUCUUUCCGGCUACCUACAGAUCUGAUAAAGGGCUGCAGCAGUAGUGAGGUGCUUUUGGAUUCAGCAGAUUAUACUAGUGUUAUUGCAUGUACGCUUCUGGGAAGCGUGGUAAUAUUUGUCCCUCUCUCAAGGGAGGAACAUGAUUUAUUAGUAGCUGUACAAGGUAAACUAAUUGCUCACCCUCUUACUGCACCUAUACUCGGAAAUGACCAUACUGAGUUUCGCGGGCGAGGAUCUCCGAUGGGCGUACCUCAGAUUCUUGAUGGUGACGUGCUGUCACAGUUCUUGGAGCUCACCAGUCUUCAACAACAUGCAAUACUAUCUUCUGAUUUGCUGGGUUCUAGUGGUUCAAAAACCAAGUUUUCCAAGUCGACAUUACCUGUUGACCAGGUUGUCCAGUUGCUUGAACGCCUUCUUAAUUCUCUCAGCUAGCAACUAUUCUUGAUUCCACUCACGCAGAAUGUGACAGCAAACGGUGAUUGCAUCUUAUCUUAACCGAGAGCAUUUGCUAAGUGUUGAUGCAUGGACAAUGAAUGAUCACAACUUGAUCCCAGCCUACUUUGAUUGGGUUUGGUCUAAUACCUUGUGGAUGGUCUGACCAAUCAGGGUCGUGGCUUCUCUUGUGCCUACUUUGCAGAUAUUGCUGAAGCAGGGAUUGGAGCUUCAGUUAAUCUGUUAUUCCUGCAAAUAAGUGAGUGAAAGUGGUUGUGGAGGGGCAGUGAUAUCCACUGUCAAGCUGCAAUUCUUAAUCAUGGAGCUGAAGAAUGGUUCUAAGAGACACUAAGAUUUCUUCAGGAAAAAUUGGCCCUUAAUCGUUUGCUGCACCAUAUUCUUCAAAUUCCUUUUAGAAGAGUACUGUCGGUAUAUUUAUAAAGUCCCAUGGCAAAAGUGGCGUCUUAGAUAUGCCGUGUUCCAUGUCUGUAACAGUGCAGAGUUGGAAGUUUAGGAUUAUGCCUACCAACAAAAAUUGGGAUUCCUGCAUUGGAUGGCAUUGCCAGCUGGAGUCUUAACUCAGUGGUGGAGUUUUAAGCAUAAAAUCUUUCUAGUUCUGUCUGGACCUUUUCCGAGCCAUGGCAUUGGUGUUGAAAUCAGCUCCAUGUGUACGAUAUUCCACUCUAAUAUCACCUAUGUAUAACUGGCUCAAACAAGUAUGAUUCUUGUAAUGAUACCUAUGUAUAUAGAUACUUGUAGUUUUCUAUGUAAUUGGAUUAGUCAAAGAAAGUUGCCAAUGAAGGAGAUUCUUUCC